AUGAACAAAGUUUUGAAAUCUCAUAAACACAACAUCUCCGAUAUAAAUGAACUUCAAGCUACAUUAGACAGUAAAGCCGACAAGAACCAUACAAACGAAUCCUUCACUACUGUUAGAGCAGACGAUGUAAUAUUGAACUAUACUCUCGGUUCAAGCGCACCUUCAGAGAAUCCGAGUACAAGCGUAAAAGAUACACUAAACAAUUUAGAUAACAGAUGUAUGAACAUUGAAGGUCAUGUCAGAAACUUUGAAGCAUACACACUACCAACAAUGUUAGACAAGAAAGCCGACAAGAACCAUACACAUAAAUCCUUCACUACUGUUAGAGCAGACGACAUAAUAUUGAACUAUGAUUUGGGUUCAAGUGCACCUUUAGAGAAUCCGAGUACAAGCGUAAAAGAUACUCUUAACAAUUUAGAUAACAGUUGCAGGAAUAUCGAAGAUCAUGCCAGAAACUUUGAAGCAUAUGAACUACCAGCAAUGUUAGAUAAGAAAGCAGACAAAACAGAGCUUCAAACAUUAAAGACUGAAAUACUUCAAACAUUAUAUCCCGUUGGUUCUAUUUAUACGUCAAUGAACUCAACAAAUCCAGCAAGUGUUUUAGGUUUUGGUACGUGGAAGCAGAUUGUAGAUAAAUUCUUAUACUGUGCUAACUCUUCAAAGCAAACAGGAGGUUCGAAGAAAAUUAAAGAAGCAAACCUUCCACCGCACACUCAUACAGGAACUACAAACACAACAGGUAGUCAUUCACAUUCAAUAACAAAAAGAGGUUAUACAAAUCUUGCAGCAGGUUCGGAUAGACAGGGAAUGCAUAGAUAUGAUAUUUCAAGUGACCCAGUAGAUUCAAGCGCAGGUAUUUUCUGUGGAACCACAGGAAAUCAUUCACACACUUUCACAACAAAUCCAACAGGCUCGGGUGCAGAUUAUAUGCCACCAGUUGUGACUAUAUUCGCAUGGUACCGCGUUCAAUGA